GGCGAAACCGAUCAGGGGGAGAAAUACUACAGCCUGGCCAAGUACCUCUGCGGCAACAAUUUUGUCGAGGAGGUGGGGCGUCAGGGGAAAGAGGAAAUGUCUUCCACCUACCUGUUUUCGGACCGGACGGACGUGAAGACAAAGUGGAGAAGGUACAAAGUAUUCCGCGAACGGCAAAAGGAAGCCAUGAAAAACGUGUGCCAGUUCGUGGCAUGACGGGGGUGGAAAGAGUUUUACAUGUAUGA